GAAAGUGGCCAAGAGGCGUGAGAGCGACGCUGCCUCUUGACGAAUGGGAAGAGCCAUUGGUGGGAGGUGGGACCAAGAGUGACAGCGAUUGGCUGGAUGAACCAAAGCGACUGAGGCAGGGGCAGCAGUGGGGUCUGGUGGAGUAAGGCGCAGCAAGAUGGCGACCGAGACGGUGGAGCUGCACAAGCUGAAGCUUGCUGAACUAAAGCAAGAAUGUCUUGCUCGUGGUUUAGAGACCAAGGGAAUAAAACAAGAUCUUAUCAAUAGGCUCCAGGCAUAUCUUGAAGAACAUGCCGAAGAAGAAGCAAAUGAAGAAGAUGUACUUGGAGAUGAAACUGAGGAAGAAGAACCAAAGCCCAUAGAACUGCCUGUUAAAGAGGAAGAGCCUCCUGAAAAGGCUGUUGAUAUGGCAUCAGAAAAGAAGGUGGUAAAAAUUACAUCUGGAAUACCUCAGACUGAGAGAAUGCAGAAGAGGGCUGAACGAUUCAAUGUACCUGUAAGCCUGGAGAGUAAGAAGGCCGCUCGAGCAGCUAGGUUUGGAAUUUCUUCAGUCCCAACAAAAGGUUUAUCAUCUGACACCAAGCCUAUGGUUAACCUGGAUAAACUAAAGGAAAGAGCACAGAGAUUUGGUUUAAAUGUCUCUUCCAUCUCUAGAAAGGUAAUAUGUUAG